AUCCAUCCGCUCCCUCAGAAGUGUCCAGGUUUUUCGGGGUCUGAGCUUCCACACUAAUAAUCUAAAGCGUCUUUUCCCUCCGGGAGAGAUCGGAGAGCAGAGAGGCGAGUAUCAUUCCCGGGAUCCGUCUUUUCCUUGGGACUACUUUGGGAGGAGGAUGGAUACGUCAGCGUUGAGGGGCGGGGCGUGUGUGACAGGAACUGUAUAAAUAGAGGGGGCUGCGUCACGCAGCAGUUAUCUUUGCGGAGCCACAGAGAAGAGACAGACGUGCAGCGUACAGGGCCGGAGACUUCAAAAUGCAGAUCUUUGUGAAGACCCUGACUGGCAAGACCAUAACCCUUGAGGUUGAGCCCAGUGACACCAUUGAGAACGUGAAAGCCAAGAUCCAGGACAAGGAAGGCAUUCCCCCUGACCAGCAGAGGCUGAUCUUUGCUGGCAAGCAGCUGGAAGACGGGCGCACCCUCUCCGACUACAACAUCCAGAAGGAAUCCACCCUCCAUCUUGUCCUCCGUCUCAGAGGGGGGAUGCAGAUCUUUGUGAAGACCCUGACUGGCAAGACCAUCACCCUCGAGGUUGAGCCCAGCGACACCAUUGAGAACGUGAAAGCCAAGAUCCAGGACAAGGAAGGCAUUCCCCCUGACCAGCAGAGGCUGAUCUUCGCUGGCAAGCAGCUGGAAGAUGGGCGCACCCUGUCUGACUACAACAUCCAGAAAGAGUCAACCCUCCAUCUUGUGCUGCGCCUGAGAGGGGGGAUGCAGAUAUUCGUGAAGACCCUGACUGGCAAGACCAUCACCCUCGAGGUUGAGCCCAGCGACACCAUUGAGAAUGUGAAGGCCAAGAUCCAGGACAAGGAAGGCAUUCCACCUGACCAGCAGAGGCUGAUCUUCGCUGGCAAGCAGCUGGAAGAUGGACGCACCCUCUCCGACUACAACAUCCAGAAAGAGUCAACCCUCCAUCUUGUGCUGCGCCUGAGGGGUGGGAUGCAGAUCUUUGUGAAGACCCUGACUGGGAAAACCAUCACCCUCGAGGUUGAGCCCAGCGACACCAUUGAGAACGUGAAAGCCAAGAUCCAGGAUAAAGAAGGCAUUCCCCCUGACCAGCAGAGGCUGAUCUUUGCUGGCAAGCAGUUGGAAGAUGGGCGCACCCUGUCUGACUACAACAUCCAGAAGGAAUCCACCCUCCAUCUUGUGCUGCGCCUGAGAGGGGGUAUGCAGAUCUUUGUGAAGACCCUGACUGGCAAAACCAUCACCCUCGAGGUUGAGCCCAGUGACACCAUUGAGAAUGUGAAGGCCAAGAUCCAGGACAAGGAAGGCAUUCCCCCUGAUCAGCAGAGGCUGAUCUUUGCUGGCAAGCAGCUGGAAGACGGGCGCACCCUCUCUGACUACAACAUCCAGAAAGAGUCAACCCUGCAUCUCGUGCUGCGCCUGAGGGGUGGGAUGCAGAUCUUUGUGAAGACCCUGACUGGCAAGACCAUCACCCUCGAGGUUGAGCCCAGCGACACCAUUGAGAAUGUGAAGGCCAAGAUCCAGGACAAGGAAGGCAUUCCCCCUGACCAGCAGAGGCUGAUCUUUGCUGGCAAGCAGCUGGAAGAUGGACGCACCCUCUCCGACUACAACAUCCAGAAGGAAUCCACCCUCCAUCUUGUGCUGCGCCUGAGGGGUGGCUGUUAAACUACUGUGCGUCUUGCCUGACAACAAGAUCACCCACAGCACUUGUGUUUGCACUGUAGUUCUUUAAUGUCUUAAAUUAAAUGCAAAGUUAAUGCAAGCCUAAGCAACUGCUGAACAGCUGUGUGUUGAAAUGCUAAUAAAGUUUUCUGUUGCACAUCACAA